AUGGAUAGCCGUAUAUAUUCCGACUACAACAUUCAGAAGGAGUCCACAUCGUCCUUCGCCUACAACCUCUCUGACUACAACAUUCAGAAGGACGAGGUGGACCUCGACAAUAUCCAGAAGGAGUCCAUAUCGUCCUUCGCCUACAACCUCUCUGACUACAAAAUUCAGAAGGAAUCCACAUCGUCCCUCGCCUACGCCGCAACUUAUAGGUAG